CUGCAUCAUUGACAAACUUCCACUGGAGCACCAAUCUGGGAGGGCCCUUACAGAUGUCUUCUGAAAACACGCCUUUGUUCGCCCAACAUGCCGCCAUAGGAACAUAUGUUCCCGCCGGACCAGGCGACAAACGGAGUCCAUGCCCGAUGAUCAACUCGCUGGCAAAUCAUGGAUACCUCCCACGAAACGGGCAAAACGUCCUCGCACUUGAGAUGAAGGCUGCGAUGGACGAAGCUGGCAUUUCUAAAACUCUCGGAGCCGUCUUUGUCAAUACUGUCUACAACGUACACCAAGAGAAGAGUGAGAAGAACAAAGCUGGGUUCUUGUCGCGCCUGUGGGCCAUCGUCCGCGAUCCUUGGACACUCUUGUCGAGCUUCGGUAUGCGCAGAUCGAAUCAAACAGACAGCCAGGGCAGACCAGUCCUCGACCUGGACCAGCUUGCGCUACCUGGAGCAGUAGAGCACGACAUCUCACUGACACGGAGAGACCACGCACAGAAAGAGGGCAACUGCGGACGGCAGGGGGAUCUUGUGAACGAUCUCUUAGCAUGUUCAGCAGACGGGCGGACAAUCACUAGGGAAGAGCUGGCCGGCUUGCGCAAGCGAAGGAUCGAAAAGCAACGAGAAGAAAACCCUGGCUUGACGUAUGGACCACUCCAACACGAGCUGGCCUGUGGUGAGAUUGCGCUCAUACUGGGAGUAUUUGGUGAUCGGAAGAGUGUCCCAUACGAGUAUCUUGAACCAUUUUUGCGAGAAGAACGACUGCCGCUCCAGGAAGGAUGGAAGAAGAGACGGUGGUGGACUUUGGGGUUGAUCGAGCUGAAGCUCAUUGCGACCAAAGUGAAGGGGCUUGUCGGCGUGCAGAUAUAAAGAGGGAAGCAAUGAUAGUGACAGCAGUAGCGCCACUGGCGAAGAGAAAUCCAUAAUUCCCCGUGACA